UGUUACAGGUAGUAGUGUUUACCUGUGGGGCAGUUGGACAGACAUGUCAUCAUUUUCACCUGAUAUCUACGUGUACAUAUUAUUAAAACAUGGAUUAUAGAGAAAUAGAUAAUUAUUCACCCUUGAUGUGUAAUUGUGAUUUGGUGUGAAAACUGGAUAAAUAAGUAAAUUUAAGUGUUACGGUGGCUAUAUGAUAUACACGUAGGAGUACAAUCUAGGGUACAUUACAAAUUAAAUGUGAAUUGCAUCAAUAUUUAUCCUUAACAGUGAGUUUGCUUCAUGUAAACAUAGUGCUCGUGGUUAGAAUUAUGCCCUAUUUCUAACUCUUACGAGUAAAGUUUUAUUUAACUUGAUAAAGAUUGUUUUAAAAUGGAUAUUGCUCAAUUAUUAUUGUAUGGAGUUUCACCAGUAAUUCUGCCACAGGAUAUAUCACAGCGACAGCUUGUGUGGGUUAAUGUGUAAUUUUAAGUUAAAGUUUUUCUCUGUUUUCCCUCAAGUAAAUGCUGAAUUAAUUUUAAAAUCAAUUUUUAUUACCAUGCUGUAGAAAGGAGGAUUUUAUCUAACAUUGUGAACUUUUAAAAACUCUGUGAUACAAUUAAAUAUAAUCAAAAUGAUUGACAAUAACUGGUCGAGUCCAACUCGACUCAAACUCACUCAAAGACAGAAAUCAUCCGAAUAUGAGGAUAGCUUACGGUCCCCUCAUGGAUCGAUGGAAUUCGGUCUGGAUAAAUGUAGACUAGAACGUCAAGGAAGCUUACGACGUCGUCCACGAACUCCAAUAUCCAGUCCAAGUAAUGUUCCUUGUACAGAUGUAAUUCUUCAUCACCUGAUUUCUGUAAAUGGAUUAGAAGUUUUAUGUCUGAUGGUAGACCGUAUGGGAGAAGAGUUUAAACCACAUGUCUCUACAGUGUUACCAGCAUGUAUAGAUCGUCUUGGUGAUGCCAAAGAUCAGGUCCGAGAUCAAGCCCAACAAUUAUUAUUAAAAUUAAUGCUUCCAGCUUCUUCUCCACAGUAUGUGUUUGAGCGUAUGAUGCCGGCCUUUAAUCAUAAGUUAUGGCAUGUACGAGAAGGUUGUUUAAUCUGUUUAGCUGCUACUAUUAACAGAUAUGGUGCUCGAAGCCUUCAGCUGUCAAAAAUAGUUCCUUCCAUCUGUAAACUUCUUGAAGAUCAAAAUGCACAGGUACGAGAAGAAGCUAUAAAUACAAUGACUGAGAUUUAUCGACAUGUAGGAGAACGAGUUCGAAUUGAUCUAGGUCGCAAAACUAUACCACCUCAAAGAUUAAAACAGUUAUUUACAAGAUUUGAUGAAGUAAAAUCAUCAGGAAAUAUGUUACCUACAGCUGAUAUAGCACCAUCUAGAGGAUCGUCAAGUGCAUGUAACAGCGAUGAUGAACUUGACUUCGCGAAACCGAUGUCAACAAAAGCCUUCCAAGCCAAAAGAGUUCCAACCAGUGCUGGCACCAAAACGAGAAAACCUCUGGUUGCUUCUAAAACCUCUUCUGCAUCCACAAGUGUUGCUGGUGCUGCAGGGGCUAUGGAUGAAGAGUUAUUUAUUAAAUCGUUUGAAGAUGUUCCUAAAAUUCAGAUAUUCUCUGCACGAGAUGUACAAGACAACUUACAGAAGGCUCAGUCUGUUUUAAGUAACCCAAAUGAAGAUUGGGAGAAAAGAAUAGAAGUUCUAAAGGUUGUGCGGUCAUUAGUUAUACAUGGAGCAACAGAUCACGAUGAAUUUUACCAAAGUUUACGAAGUUUAGAAUCUAGUUUUAACAUGGCUGCUAAAGAUUUGCGAUCUCAAGUUGUUAGAGAAGCAUGUAUUACUAUUGCAUACCUUGCCCAGACACUAGGUCAUAAAUUUGAUCAUUUUGCGGAAUCUGUUUUCCAGACUCUUUUCCAACUAGUUCCUAACACAGCCAAGGUCAUGUCUACCUCUGGUGUCGUGUGUAUCCGAUUUAUUGUACAAUAUGUUUUUACACCAAGAUUGAUUCCACAAAUAACUGGCAACUUGACAUCCAAGUCUAAUAUAUUACGACGAUAUUCCUGUGAAUUAUUAAAUCAAUUAUUACACAUCUGGCCCACCCAUAUCUUAGAACGACAUAUAGCAUUAUUACAAGAUGCUAUAAAACGUGGCAUUAGUGAUGCCGAUUCUGAAGCUAGAUCCUUCUCUAGAAAAGCUUUUUGGGGUUUUGCAGACCAUUUUAAGGACCAAGCAGAUGCUUUAUUAAAUAAUUUAGAUUCCUCUAAACAAAAGAUGUUACAAGGGGAGAUAAGCGGGUCAUCUAGUAGCAACUCUAUAAAUAGUAAUGAAAAUAACAGAAUGGUGCGUAAUCGAGCACGGUCUGCUAGUCAGGAUCGUAGCUUGGAGUCAAGUACAUUAACGAGAAAUUCAGGAGCAAGAAGAUCAGCACGUUACAGUUCUUCCAAGAGUGAUGCUGGUGGAGACUUGGAGGAGUUAGCUCAGGGUUAUCAAGAAACCUUGAGGGUUGAUAAAACAUAUCGAAACACGGCGACAUCUUCGCGGGGUAUUAUGCGCUCUAGUAGUGCAGUAGAUCUAGCAGCAACAAAUGGAAUCUCUCCCAGACCACGGACAACCUUGUUAUCGGCAUCCCGGCUAGCGCCUGGAUCCACUAACUCGCUACCCCGACAGAAAAGCAGUAGUACAGGCAGUAAAUCUGUGAAAAGUCUCAUCGCCCCUUCCCCUAAUCGUAGCCGAAAUCGAACUCGUAUGGGAAUGUCACAAUCACAGCCUGGAAGUCGGUCGAACUCUCCUUCAUCCAGAUUAAAUUAUUUAACUCACACCACUCAAGCACGAACAGAUUCUAAUUUGACACCAAACAGGACGCGUAAGUCGAUGCCAAGAAGUCAAGGUGCCAGUCGUGAAGCUAGUCCCAAUCGUAAUACUUAUGGUAGAGAAAGACGUUUAAGUGGAAGUAAGAUAGGAUCAGGUGGAAAAACUUCUUUGAUGACUCAUCGUUUAUUACGGCAUGGCAGUGAAUUAGAAGAUUCCAUAGCAGAUGCUCUUAGAACACCAAAUAGAAAGACAUAUAAUUAUGAUUCUGAUGAUGGAGCCAGCGAAACAAGUAGUGUCUGCUCAGAAAGAUCGUAUACAUCUUACAGCGGUCGAACAUCAGAGUCAUCAGACACGGAAAGGAUACAUCACUUAUCUUCAGCCAAACGAAAGGAUAUGCAAGAAAUAUUAGCAUGUAUGGCGAGUGGUUCAUACACAGAGAGAAAGGAGGGUUUGAUAUCAUUACAGUUAGUUUUGCGUGCAAAUAGAUAUUUAAGUCGUGGUGAAUUAAAGAAAGUAACCGAGAUAUUUACUAGAAUGUUUCAUGAUCCACACAGUAAAGUUUUCAGUAUUUUUAUGGAUACUUUAGUUUAUUUAAUUAAUUUACAUCAUCAAGACCUGUUAGAUUGGUUAUAUGUUUUAGUUUCACGGCUUUUAAUUAAAACUGGAUCAGAGAUGCUCGGAUCAGUCAAUGCUAGAUUACAGAAAGCUCUUGAUACAGUCAGAUUGAAUUUUCCUUUUUUGAAUCAAUUUAAUACAGUAACCAAAUUUAUCACAGAUCAAUUUUUGAAUCAGUCACCCAAUUUAAAGAUAAAGAUAUCAGUGUUGAACUUUUUACAUGCAUUAGCCAAUCAAAUGGAUUCCUCAGCCCUAGUUAACUCCACCGAGUCAAGAGUAGCAAUAUCUAAAAUAAUCAGCUGGACAACGGAACCUCAUGUAGAAGUUAGAAAAUCAGCUCAGAAUGUGUUAAUUGCACUAUUUAAUUGUAAUUCAGCUGAAUUUUCACUAAUUUUAUCAGCCAUACCAAAACCAUUCCAGGAUGGUGCCACAAAGAUUCUUCAUAAUCAUAUUCGUACUGCCAGUAGCAGUGGUACAUCCGAUGUUCUUUCACAGAGAAAUGUUGCUAGUCUACCCCAUAAUACUUCACAACAACGUAGUCGACCUCCUUCAAGGUCUAGUCUAGGACAUCCUGAUGAUAACGAAACCGAGAAUUUAAAUCCAGAAGAUAUUUAUAACUCGAUUAAGAAAACAACAGCAGAUAUUCACAAUCUGAGUAUCAACAGUAAGCUUGAUCAUUACGAGGAUAUCAAGAAAAAACGUGAUUUCACAUCCCAAGAUAGUGGAAUACAAGAUUUACGAAAUGAUAGCCCUGAUGGUGUAGACGGAAAACGUUCACAUUAUAAUCCUACACAUUAUCAAGAGAAUAUAUUAAAUGGUAAACAAAUAAAGACUGAUACCGGUACUGUAUUUGAUGCCGAUGAAUUAUUUAAUGAAACUCCGUGGAAGGUUCUGCUAGGAAUAACACAAGAGGGUUUACCUGCUAAUCAAGGGGAGUUAAUUAUAGAAAUACUAACAGAGUUAUCUAACCAUAAUACUAGAAAUGAUGAGAGAAAGAAUGCUAUGUACUCUUUAACCCAGUUAACACGGAAAGGUGAUUUUAAACAUUGGGACGAACAUUUUAAAAAUAUUUUACUUAUUCUACUAGAAACACUCGGAGAUGAUGAUGCAAUGAUCAGAGCAUUUUCGUUACGAGUUUUAAAGGAAAUAUUACAGAAAGAGUCCCAUAGAUUUGAAGAAUAUGCGGAGUUAACAAUAUUCCGUAUUCUAGAGGCUCACAAAGAUAGUGCUAAAGAAGUUGUAAAAGCAUCAGAAGAAUGUUCCAAUACACUAGCUAAAUCAAUGGCUACUAAACAGACUAUGAAAAUAUUAAUAUCAAUUAUAGAAUCGGCUAAAUUUCCAGUUAAUAUGGCUGCAAUUAAAAUGCAAGCUAAGGUGAUUGAAUUAUUAGAUAAUGCUAUUUUAUUAGAAACACUGAGUUCUUUAGUUCCUGGUUUACUCAAGGCCUGUGAAGAUGCUGACAGUCACGUAAGAAAAGCUGCUGUGUUUGCGUUGGUAGCUACCUAUAAUAGUGUAGGGGAAGAAUUACGCCCACAUUUAAUCUCUCUCUCUAGUAGUAAGAUGAAAUUAUUGAAUCUCUAUAUUAAAAGGAACCAGUCUACAAAAGAUGGCGCCAGAAGUCUUGCUUCACCCAACUUCAGUGACACAUGAGAAUAAACACCAUUGUUUUAUCAUUAAGUGCUGUGAUGUAAAAUACUAUGAGCACGCUACAAGUUAAUAUUUUUACAAGCGUGGAGCUAGAUUUCUAUAAAAGACUGGAUAUUAGAAACCAUAUAAUGUGUAUCUUUAAUGGAUUUUGCUUUGUGCUAUAUGUGCAAGAGUUUGUUUUUUUUAGAGUUGACAUGAAGAUCAGGCUUGAUAUUACAAAAAUUAUAUUAUUCAAAGUACGAUUUUAAAAUAUUGUCAUUUACGCUAGUAACGUUAUUAAUAUAUUAUAUAUCAUAAUAAUUGGAUCAAAUUUGUUAGUAAGUGAAAUGGUGGAAUGGUUAAAAAUAAUAUUUGUUGUUGUCCGUGGAUGUUUUUAAAUCAUGUGGUGUUAGAGAUGAGAUUAUCCAGUGUUGCAUUUCUCUAACUGUAGACUGUGUACUGAUAUAAAAUCUCUGUUGUUGUUCCCGUCUACAUGAUAGUGUGAAUGGAUUACACAAACGCAUGCAUUUACAUUUUGCAUGCGUACAUUUAUAAAUAUAUAUAUAUGUUAAUAAUAUUUAAGCAUAAUUAAACUAGUUGUUAAAUUAUAUACGAAACAAUUUAAUACACUUUUCCGCAAAAGAUAACUUAUAUAAGUUUUAUAAUGGUAAUAUUUUGUGAAUGAUAUGGAACGUUUAGUGAUCGCUUUAAUAAGUUAUUUUUGUGGUAUAAUGUUUUAAAUUGAGGUGAAUAUGUUAUAAUUAUUGGAUAACGAUUAAAAAAAAAAGUCGGAAUACCAAAUAUAUUCCUCACUAAAAUCAAAUAAAAUGUAUAUAAUUUUGUAUAUAUUUUAAAUAUUGUAGUUAACGGAAAGGAUGGUAAUGUUUGUCGCCUUGGUUAUCCUUUCAUUCAGUCGUCAUUUAUUGUUGUACUUUGUAUCAAUGGGUUUGCAUUCAUAACAUGAUAUUCACAUGUAGCCAUUAUUAUUCAUUAUACGCCAUAUGGUCAUUUCCAUAGCUAGCGAUCUCCACUCACAUUUGCCACCUUUAUGACGAAUGAUCUCCAUGUGAUCCUUACAGGGACAUUCAUAGUUGCAAAUAAGUAAACUCUUAAUGUAGCAUUGAAUUAUAUACUUGUAUUAGGGAAGAAGAGUUUCCUAUUUUAUUUUUUGAACCACGAAGGGAAGUUAUUAGUUCCUGAAGUUUAGUUCUAAUUUAGAUAGCGAAUAUGUUUAGUACAAUCUGAUUAAAAUACAGAUCUAUAUUUCGUUUCGUUUUUAUAUACUUUCGAUGGCCUACAAUACAUGAAUAUCUGACAAGUUAUAGCGAUAGGUCACAUCAGGGGUCAAACGAUCGAUUUUUGACCUUAUAACGGCAGACAUAUGAUUAAUCAAUCAGCAUUGAUGUAACUAGUAGAUUACCGACAGUUCCAUGCAAAAUAAUAAUAAUAAUAAUAAUAAUGAAGUUUUAUAUAGCGUCUUCUCCAUGUUGACACAUGCUCAAAACGCUUUUUGUAAUGGCUCUACUGGUAAAACUGUUGAAACAGGAAAGUCUUUAGUGCGGAUUUAAAUUGAUUAAAAGUUUGUUGAUUCUUGAUCUUUUGUGGAAGUUCGUUCCAUAAUCCAGGACCAGCUGAACUGAAAGACCUAUACCCAUACGACUUUAAAUUAUAUCUUGGAACAACUAGUGACUGUUUAUUUUGAGAGCGAAGUGAUCUAAUAGGGUUGUAGUCAUAUAAGAGUUCAGAUAAGUAUUGAGGAGCUGCAUUAUUGCAACAUUUAUACACUAAUGUUAGUAUUUUGUAUUUGACUCGCGCCUCAGCAGGUAACCAGUGUAAAGAAGCCAGCACAUUCUGGAUGUGAUCAAACUUAUGUGUCCUUGUUACUAUUCGGGCUGCAGUAUUAAGAACCUUUUGGAUCUUGGCUAGAAGUGCUUGUGGGAUUCCAUAGAGUAAACUAUUACAAUAAUCAAUCCUUGAUAAAAUUAGUGAUCGCACGUCUAAAGCUUGUCUAAAGCUUGCCGUAACAGAUCAUUUCAUUGGCUUAUCCCGACACCAUUCAGAACACGAGUUAAAUAACAACUCUUACAGAUCCUAGUGUAGUAAAGACAAGUAAAAAGAAAUUUUGAACUAUAAAAACGAAACGAAAUAGGAUCUAUGUUUUAACCAGAUUGAUGUUUAGUACAAUAUUAGAAAAUUAAUAGUGAAGAAAUUUUCAUUAUAAACUUUUGUACUGUUUAACUCAAUAAAAUAUUUAUUCAAACAACGUGUUGAUUAGAUGGUGAACAUAUUUUUUUGUUUUAAUUUAUAAAUUCGACUGGUUGUCACCACAAAUACUGAAUAUAUUAUCUUUAGCUUGUCUUGUAGAAAUGAAACAAAACUAGUAGAAUAAACUUAGUUAAUCUGUUUUAGAUUUAUUUGUCUCAUUGUCCCAAUUAUUUUAUACAGAGAUUUAUUUAUAGAGCAGAACUAUUGGGGUUUCUGUUACAAUUAAAAUUGUCUUGAUGGUACUUCAUUUCUCUAGGUGGGUGGAAUUCAGUUGUUGACCUGUAAAAUAUCUCUAAUUUCAUUUUAAUUUGAAGUACAAUUAUCAAACAGAAACCCUGAUAUAAAUUAUGAAUUCAUAAGUCGAUCAUCAUCCAUAUUCAAAUCAACUAAAUGACUUUAGCUUGUUCAUCUACUCCUAUAUUGAAUAGAAAUUUGUGAGAAUGACAAAUUGUUUAAGAUAUUCGACAUUGUGAUUUGUGAAAGCCUUAUUUAAAAAUCAUCAUUUAUUUGUUACUCAUUAUACAAUAUGUAUGUUCAUCAAAUGUUUGUAAAAUUAAAUAUUUUUAGCUUGAAAUUAUAUAGAUUAUGAUGGUAUUUGUAGGAGAAAUGUCAAAAAAUAUUUAGUCAAAAGUUAAACCAAAAAUAUGAAUGUUCUUUCAAUAUUGCUUUUGGAAUAAAAUCAUAUAUUCCAAGAUAUCAUUAAUUUACUCAUUGAACAUUAAUAUCUAUGUUAACAUCCACGUUUGUGUCAUAUUUCAAUAAUUUGAUCAUUUUAAAAUAUAUGUUUGGCUUUUUUUUUUUAUGGCCUCAAAGCUAUCAACUAGCUUUAUAAAUAGAUUUAUUCAAUUAGGGAGUAUUGAAAACAAGAAUUAUGUCCCUUUUUUUAAUGCUAAUAAUUGGCGCAAAUUCAAUAAAAACUUUGAAAAUAUUUGUAAUCUCUUUUUAUCAGUCUGGAUUUAGAUAUCGAGAAGGGAGAUAAUUCUUGCUUUACUGUAGUCUCUUUGUAAAUUCGAGUUUCAUGUGAAGUAUGUGAUUGCUUUAGUGGCAUUGUAUGACAAGAAGUAGCAUAAAAUGACAGUGUUAUUAAAGGUUGGGCUGAUCACAUCAAGAACUAUAUUAUGUUGUUUAAAGAACCUCUCAUAAUAUGCUUUUAGGCAGUGAUAUUGAAUUGACAGUGAUGAUGAUUGAAGUCAGUGAUGAUAUUGGGAGUGAUAGCUAUAUGGUAACGUGGCUAUGAAUAAUUGUAUAUUCAACAUAUUAAUGUAGUGUUAUAAAUGGCGGCAUGUUAUAUCAACUAAUAAAAAUUACCAUUUAAUGAAAAA